AUGCUAGGUACAUAUACUAAAUGCCAGGGUCCCCGCCAGUAAGCUUGCGGCCAAGAUGGAAGGUGCUAUAUUAUAGUAACUCUAUUAGCUUAGGUUUCCCCCUUUUCUUGGGGAUGGCGCCUAGUGCUCUUAUAUACUUAUUAGUGCUCCUAGAACUUGGCCUUACUCUUGCUUAGUCGUCUAUGCAAAGAACAACUAAUAGAGAAUUUGCUAAUACCACUUUACUUGCCUUUGCCCCGGUCCAACCUAGGUACAUAUCACGAGUUACUACAUCUUACAAACUAACUACCUAGCCUAAGCUUUAUAAUCGUAACGCAGUCGUAGCCGUAGCCAUGGCCGACGCAGCCGCCCUCCUCAAGCUCUCCGAGACCGACGUCUCCCAGGAAAUCACCAAGGAGCAGUACAUCCCGGUUCUCACGAACCCGCCCUUCGUGUUCGUCGACGGCACCUUCAACACGCGGGACAUCGGGCUAGUUCCCGGCAGCCCCAUCCGCUCUAACUUUGCCUUCCGGUCCGGCGCCCUCGCGCGGCUGACCGACAACGGCCGGGCCGUGCUAGAGGGCAAGCUCGGCGUCAAGCGCGUCUUCGACCUACGGUCUCCUGAGGAGCACGCCGGCGCGCCGGACCCCGCACUCCAGGGCGUCGAGAACACCUGGAUCGAGAGCUCGCGGCCCGACUCGACUCCCGAGUUGGACCGCUUUGUUGCCGGCGAGGGUGAGGAUGGGUACCGCGAAAUGUACCUCGAGGUCAUAGAUGUGUACCAGCCCAGCUGGAAGGCGAUUCUGGAACAUGUUAGGGAUCGACCGAGCGACCCGUUCCUAGUCCACUGCACUGCCGGGCGCGACCGAACCGGCGUGCUCUCCGGGCUUCUGCUAGCCCUCGCGGGCGCGUCGCAAGAAACCAUAAUCCUAGACUACCUGCUAUCGCGCAUAGGGACCGAGCCGGUUCGGUUGAUGCUCUUAGAGUUCGCGGUAGCAGGUUCGCAUGCGAAGAGCAAGGAGCAGCCGGGCUUCCACAAUCUGAUCAACCUGCGGGCCUCGAGCUGGAACGCGUUUGUCGACGGCGUGCAGAAGGAGUACGGCGGCUUCGAGAAAUUCGUUACCGAUAAACUGGGAUUUUCGAAGGACGAUUUGGCGAAGAUCAAGACGAAUUUAACAAGCUCGUAAGGAUAUCCGUGGUUUAGGAUAUCUAUUUUACAGGAUGAAAGACGAAUCUAUUAGAGUUAGAUCGAGUGAUACCAUCAAUGCCAAGUGUUUAAUUCAGAAGCAAAAAAGAAAUCAUGCUCCCUUGGGUAACACAAUAAGGUGUUAUUGGUGGCACAAUUACUUAUAAACAAAGACUUGGCAUUUAACGAACUAUUCUAGUUAUUGUUAUUAGUUA